AUGAUGUCUGCCGGAACAGCCGAUUACAGACACUACCAGGAUCAGAGUCGCAAGAACCCAGGACGCUUCGGACCAGCCCCGCCUUCUUUCCCGCUGAACAGUCCUCCGACUUUCUAUCCUUCCCUUCAUCGUCCGGACCCCUUUGUCGCCGGUGGAAACCUGGGAACCCAGAUCUCGUCCUCCUCCCGCGACAGUCGCUCACUCGACUUUGACUACCAGCUCUUUGGCAAGCUGAGCCUUGACGACGUUCCUUCCCCUCCUGCUCAGCGCUCGUCUCAGCUGAUCGACUGGAGCUGGGAUCUUCCCGUCGAGUCGAGCAAGGAGCAGGCGUCGUGGAUCAACAAGACCUCCAAGCCGUCCAUUUGGGCAGAGCUCGAAACCCAUAAAGAGCAGCCUCGGAUUAUCGGCAAUGCUAGUGCCCAGAGCAAUGAUUUGGCCAGCGGUUCCCUAGACGUCUCCAUCUUCGACGAGCCGGUCAGCAAGGUGCCGUACUGGACCCGCACCUCGUUUGGUAGCUACCACGGCUCCGACUCGGACGCCUCUUCUCCUCUCGGCGAUGAGACGCGCCACUGGCCCCGCUCGCCUCCCGAGCCCUUCCCAGCGCCAGUACAGCUAGGCAAGCUUUCUCCCCAUGCUCAUACUUUCAGCUGGCAGGGACCGCAAGUAGCUUCGGCUUUCACCGCCACGGAUCUGCCCAGGAGCAUGAGCGCCCCAAGCACCGGCCCGGGAAUCCUGGCUGGAGCAUCGCAGGAAUCGAGGCUGAUGAGCCAGCUGCAGGGCCACGGAAACCAUCGCACCGGUCAGCAGUACAACUUUUUCCUGAUGCACGACACCUUCACCGCCCCGAGGCCGGUCGAGCCUCGACAGGCCAAAGACGCCUGGAGCGGGCGUCAGGCUGCGGCGCCGAGCCCCUCGCCCAACAACAAGAAGAUGGAGCUGUUCAAGACCGAGAUCUGCCGCAACUGGGAGGAACGCGGCAAAUGCCUGUACGGAAAUCGAUGCCAGUAUGCGCAUGGCGAGGAAGAGCUGCGUCGCCUGCCGCGCGAUCCACGCUGGAAGACUCGGCCGUGCAAGGUGUUCAUGCUUUACGGACACUGUCCGUACGCCUCCCGCUGCUGCUUCCGCCACGACCAGGGCGGUGUCCCCUCGCAGCCCAUCCCGACCAUGCAGAGGCGCGUCUCGCUCCUCCAGCGGGUCGGCCUGAUCAAGCCUUGUAAGCGCUAG